UAUUAGUAACCAUCAAAUUGCGUCUUCAGUACAAUCAAUAUACAGGAAAAAUAUUCAACACGCAUGUUACGACAGUGUGUGUGAAAGAUUUCGUAGAAAAAAAUGUACUGCGAUUUACCAAUUUUGAGAAGAUGCUGUUGUUGUUUACCAUUAAGGCCGGGAUUACUAGUGUGGGGGUAUCUUAGACUGGCAGCAGCUACGGUGUUAAUUUUCAUUGUAUCUAUAAUCCUGUCUGAGAGUGUCAGGAAUCUUUGUCACUAUAUUACGUCAUACAUCACAUCGUGUGUGGUGAUGUGGUGUUUGCUGCUCGCAGUAGCUAUUAUGGAUGCAAUAUUUCAAUUCAUUUUGCUAUUAGCGGCACAUACGAAAAACACCAAACUAAUGAAGUCGUAUCUAUGCUACAACAUAUUCAUGUUUGCAGUAUUUAUCAUAGUUUUUUUCCUGUUGUUUGUGUAUUUAGUGGUCACUUUUGGCUCUCCUUAUUAUCUGUCAAUUGAUUGGCUAUUAGAAUGCUUUAUAGUCGGAAUCCUGAGUGCUGUGCUACAGUUUUACAUCAUACUGUUGGUGAGGAGCGAAAUUCGAAAACAGAGCAAUGAUGGUUACGUGACGUUCGGAAACCACGACGGCAACCCUAAAUGUUUUAUGUCUUUUGGCAACCCUACAGAUACGACUCCAGAUCUUCAACGACUUACAAUACAUGACGAUGCCCACUGACCCUACACGCUAGGGUUGGCAGAUUUUUAUUCUGCAAUGGCAGUGUUAUUGCAUUCAUGACGUGAAUGUCUUCAGAACUUGAUGUGCUUUAAAAUAAGGACUUUGUUUCAUUUGUGUUACGUAUAUCGUUGUAUCUAGAUGUCAUUUUAAAUGAAAUCCUAUGGAUAAGGAUAUAAAUAUAAUUUUCGAAUGUUCGUCCACUCUAA